CAGUCCAUCUUCCAGACCUGCCAGAUCGUCGGCCAGCCGGGCCUCGUCCUCACUCAGGUGGCCGGGAACGGAGGCACCGUGCCGGUCGCCUCCCCCAUCACCCUGACCGUCGCAGGUGUCCCCGGCAACCAGCCCAAAGCCGCCGAACCGUCGACAUCAGAAUCGAAGACUGAGAUGUCGGUGGCGUCGGCCAACACGGCGCUCAGCUUAGACACAGCAACGACUAAACCGAAGAAGUCUAAGGAGCAGCUGGCGGAGCUGAAGGCGAGCUACGGCCGGAGGCAGUUCGCCACAGAGGCGGAGAUUUCACGACUCAUGCAGGUCACCAAACUCUCCAAACGAGCAAUAAAGAAGUGGUUCAGCGACACGCGCUACAACCAGAGGAACUCCAAGGAUCACCACGGCGUGCUGCUGAGUGAAACUCCGUCCAGCAGAGCGCCGGCGUCAGGAGGACGAGGAGGAAGGAACAGCAGCAGCAGCCUUAACGACAGCGACACCGCCGCCACCACCACCGCCACCAUCGUCAUUGACUCCAGUGACGACGCCAGCGACAGCUCCCCGACUUCUGCCAACGCCCCCUCAGGGUCCCAUAGCGACCUGCGGGUCAAAUUCCGCCACGCCUUCCCAGACUUCACGCCGCAGAAGUUCAAGGAAAAGACUCCGGAGCAGCUGCUCAUCCUGGAGGCCAGCUUCCAGAAAUCAGACACGCCCUCGGACGAGGAGCUGAGCCGGCUGCGUGCGGAGACGAAGCUGACGCGGCGGGAGGUGGACGCUUGGUUCACCGAGAGGCGUAAAAUGCCGUCAGCAAAGGAUGAGGACGACGAGGGCGGAGAGAAGGUAAAACCGUCCGGGGUGACCACGACCCUCGGCGGCAGAAAGGUAAUGAAGAAAACGCCGGAGCAGCUGCACAUCCUGAAGAAGGCCUUCGUGCGCACGCAGUGGCCGACGGCCGAGGAGUACGACCAGAUGGCGGAGGAGAGCGGGCUGCCGAGGACGUACAUCGUCAACUGGUUUGGAGACACGCGCUACGCCUGCAAGAACAGCAACCUGAAGUGGUACUACCUCUACCAGAGCGGGAAGGUAACAGCGUCUGUGCUCGUUAAAUAAACCAAUUUCUAUUCAGCAGUAGAAGUACUGUGAGAAGAGCAGUCAUUGUAAUAUUUGUACUUCUUCAGAGCACCUAAACUCACGGUUACUGGACUUUACUGUAAACUGGUUUAUACAGUCAUGAAAACCUGGAAAAGCCAUGGACUUUACAAAAAGCAAUUUAGUUUUUCUUUUAAA